AUGGUAGGUCCUCCCCGCAAUGAACACACUCCAGAUUUGGAGAACUCCCUUCCCCUUCUCUCCCUGGCCCUUCAAAAAUAUGAAGUGAGUAGUGAUGGGCAUGCCAUUGACGGAUUUGGCAAGACGGACUUGGGGGAUGUCAACGCCUGCGUUCUGGCAUCACCAUCCACUUCGCUCGAGUCACCGGCAGAGGUCAGAGCGACUGCAACCGAUUCCAGCGAAGAACAGUGCUCUGGGAAGGCGCUCGAUGGCACUGAGAACAGAGAUGAUGGCAAGAACAGAGACCAGAGCGAUCAAGUCAAAGAGACGGCAGCAGAAAGCGCUACCGCAAAGUCCGAAGCGCCCGGAAAGGUCCCACAGCCAUCGCCUGUACUAGAGCAUGAGAUCAAGGAAGAGUUUGCCAUCACCAAAGAUGAAGUCUUCGAUCACCAAACGCAGCCAAGAGCCAUUCAUAAGCCAGUAGGGACGUCCAAGUCAGUCUACAGCGUACCACCACAUAUGCGUCCUGAAUUUCCGUCCUCAUUUGCUCGCUGUGCUGAGUCUCUGAGUUCCAAAAUGCUGCCGUCAAACAAUGUCCCUCGCUACCAAAACAUUCCACGUCACAACCACACCCACCACGGCUCUCGCAACGACAACAUCCCAUCCGAGCAAGCCACCCGACUCAACGCUCAGCUCCUCAAAGCUAAACAAGAGCUCGAGCAGGAACGCACCAAGAACGCUAACCUCAGCAAGACCAUCCAAGACGCCCAGCACGAGCACCUCGAAGCCGCCUUCUCUACCAUACUCAUCAUGCUCCUCCGCGAGCAAACCGAAGCCCUUGCUGUGAAAUCUCGCGCAACCGCCCACCAACGCUCCCUCGACAUACGUGAGAAGAAAAUCUGCCAACAAGAGUCCUUCCUUGCCGCUGGCCAAAAGCACCUCAUGACCAAGCUUGAGCAGAACGGUAGCUCUAUGUCCGCCGCCCACCUCGCCCACCAGCACCAGCAAAUGCAAAUUGACAAGCAAGCCCACCAAGUGGCCUUCGAAUCCCAGCUCGCCCUCGAACGCGAGACCCUCAAACUCCACGCCGCCGCCCAGGCCAAACGCGAGAAACAGUACAAGACCCUCCUCCGCCAGUCUCUCGAAGCCGAAAUCGCCGCAAACUACGUUUCCAACGACGAAGCAGAAGCUCUAGCAGAAUUUCGUUUCCAACGUGGCUUUGACGCAGGCAAAGAGGAAGGACGCAAAGAGGCUGUCAAGGUCAAGGAGGAGAAGGAAAGGGCGUAUCUAGAGGGGUAUCGUGCUUGCUUCCACGCGCAAGCUGCGCUGAGUUCCCUGCGCAAGGGGGUUAGCGAUGUGGUGCAGAACUUGCUAGAUCCGACGGACGAGGACAACUUAUUCAGUAUGGGGAUUAGGGUUGGGAGGAUGGAGGUUGAAGCUGCCAUGGAGAAGGGAGAGGACAACAAGAAAAAGGUGGGUAGCAAGGAGGAGGACAGUAUGGAAGAGGACAGCAAAGACGAGGACGUGAAAGAAGAGGAGGUGGAGAGCCUUGGAUACGGUACAACGCUGACGCCUCCGUUUUCGCCAGUUCCAGUGCAGAGGCAGACGCUUGCUGCUGAGUUGCGGGGUUAUACACCAUUAAUGCACAACGGAGAGGUUGUGCUUGCUAACCAUCGCACUGCUGCUGCUGCUGCUUCGCCUGAGAAGGAGGAAAGCAGAGGCACGAAGAAGCAGGAAGGAGCUGAUCUGAUUGAUCUUUUGUAG